CCUCUAAUUCGAACAGAGGAAAAACAGAAAAAUUGUCCAGAGAAAAUUCGUGUGGAAAAACACCAUUAGCUGGCCGCCAAGAUGCUGUCCAUGCUCCAGGAGAAGCGGCCGCUGAAGCGCACCCGCCUGGGGCCUCCGGACAUCUAUCCGCAGGACGCGAAACAGCGCGAGGACGAGCUGACGCCCACCAAUGUGAAACACGGCUUCACAACGACGCCGCCGCUGUCUGAUGAGUUUGGGACGGCCCACAACUCGAAUGUGAACGCCAGCAAGGUAAGCGCCUUCUUCAGCGGCGUUCUGGCCAAGAAGGAGGAGCUAAUGACCCUGCCGGAUACGGGACGCAAGAAGCAGCAGAUCAACUGCAAGGAUAACUUUUGGCCCGUGUCGCCGCGACGCAAGUGCACCGUGGACGCCUGGUUCAAGGACCUGGCUGGCAACAAGCCCCUACUCAGCCUGGCUAAGCGGGCGCCCUCGUUCAACAAGAAGGAGGAGAUCUUCAUAACGCUGUGCGAGAACCAGGUGAACAUGCAGCGGGCCACCUGGUUCAUCAAGCUGAGCGCCGCCUAUACGCUAAGCUUCACCGAGUCCAAGAACAAGAAGCGCAGUAUCUAUGACCCAGCCGCCGAGUGGACGGGCAAUAUGAUCAAGUUUAUGAAGGAGUUGCUGCCCAAGCUACAGGAGUACUACCAACAGGCUCACAGCGACAAGACCACAUCGAAUGGCAGCUCUUCGGGAGGUAUGUCUGCCAUUGGAGCCCCUGCCGGUGGUACGGCCACCAAUGGCACCUCUGGCAAUAGUGCUGGGAAUUCCAUAGCUGGCAGCAGUGCUCCCACAAACGUUAUACCCGUGCCCAGCAUGGCGAGUCCUUUGCCACCCAUACACAGUCCAGCAAAUGGCCAGCAGGCCGGAGCUGCCGGCGGAGUGGGAGCAGGCAGUGGAAUUUUACCGGCUACAGGAGGCUUAGGAGGAGUAGCAAGUGUAGGUGGUGGCAGCGGGGUAACUGGAACUUCAGUGGUCGGUGUCGGCAGUGCCCCAGGUGUGGGAGGAGCCGCUGUUCCACCCGGCUCCAGUAUAUCGGGUAUCGGCAGCCAGUUUGAGGACAGCCGGAAUGCUCUUAAAUACUGGAAAUACUGCCACCAGCUGAGCAAGUACAUGUACGAGGAGUCGCUGCUGGAUAGGCAGGAGUUCCUCAACUGGAUACUGGAUCUAUUGGACAAGAUGCGCACCCAGGCGAGCUUCGAUGAGCCGCUGAAGAAGCUGGUGCUUAGUUUUGCCCUCCAAUAUAUGCACGAUUUUGUGCAGUCGGAGAGGCUCUGCCGGAAGAUGGCCUACAUUGUGUCCAAGAAGCUAGCCCAGCUGCUGAAUACUGCCGUGGAGCAGCAGGCCAUCAAGGAGCUGGAUGAGCACAAACUAAAUCAGCAGCAGGAACACCACGAUCCCUACGAGCUAGCUUUGCAGGAGCAGAUGAGCUGUCCCCAUCACCGGGAUAUAGUGCUCUACCUGAGCACCAUUCUCCAAAUCAUCACCAUCGAGUGUCCCACGGCUUUGGUUUGGAGUGGAAUAGCAGCACAUCGGGCUCCAUCUUCGCUUUUGGGUAGUCCCCUGGACCACCUGCCCCUGGCACCUUCCGUAUUACCAAUGCCCACGAGGUGUCCACGGACCAACCAGGAAAUACGACGCCAACUACGCUCCGCCGAGUCGGACAUUGUGCUGCGCACUCAGCACGCAGAGCAGCGCUGGUUUGCCGCCAAGUGGCUAAGUGCAGGCAAGAAUCACUACACCAGUGUUCUGGCCACGCUGGAUCGCCUGGACACGCACUGCUUUGACCGCAUGGAGCACAACAACAGCAUAGACACCCUCUACGCGCACAUCUUUCCCAGCACCAGCACCAGUAGACGACGGGAAGAGGAGCAGCAGGACUCGCAGCAGUUGCGUCCUGCCUACGAGCCCAAGCAGGACAAGGACACAGUGCGUAUCCUGUGCGAGUGGGCUGUUUCCGGACAAAGAUGGGGCGAGCACCGGGCCAUGGUGGUGGCCAUACUCCUGGAUAAACGCCAAAUUGAUGUGACCAGCACUCCGGCGGAUCAGCAGUCCAGCGACAAGGAGGACAAGGAUUCGCUGGCCUCUGGAGCAGGUCUUAUUGAUGGCCUGCCCGUGUUCCAGCAUGUACUGAUGCACUUCCUCGACCACGAUGCCCCCUUAUGGGAUGAGCACUCGAGCAGCAGCCAGCAACGCACAGAGUUCACCAAUCUCGUCCAGCUUUUCAGCGCUUUGAUACGUCACGAUGUCUUCUCGCACAAUGCCUACAUGCACACGCUCAUCUCGCGGGGGGAUUUGCUGCUGGAGUCGGUACUGGUCAGCAAGUCGGUUUCUACGGCUACCAAGACCUCGCCACCGCCGCCGGCUCCGCCACCAACGACCACACAUGGCUUUGACGAUGAUGGCUUCGGCGGAGGCCUUGAUUUCAAGCACAAUGAGUAUGACGACUCCAAUGUGGAUGACGAUCUGGACAAGCUGGUGCAGAACAUCAAGGAGAAGGGCCAGCAGCAUGAGGCGCCCGACAGUCCCAAGAUAGGACCCUCGCCUGUGGAUGGAGAUCCUAGCACAGGAGCUGGCUCUGCCGGCAGCAUCUCGCGUCACUAUGUCUACACCAAGCACUUUCCCAUUCCCCAGGACGAUCCCAGCAUGAGUAGCUACAGUAGCGAGAGCAAUCAACGGUAUAUCCUGCUCUUUGGCGUGGGCAAGGAGCGCGACGAGAAGAAGCACGCAGUGAAGAAGAUGUCCAAGGAGAUUGGCAAGCUUUUCACCAAGAAGUUUAGCAUUGACGUGGCCGCCGCUGGUCAUGUGAAGAAGCACUCGCGGAAUGAGUUUAAUUUCGAGGCCACCACAUCCAAGUGCCAGCAGAUGGCCUACUUUGACCAGCAUGUGGUCACCGCCCAGUGUGCGGCCAAUGUGCUGGAGCAGCUCAAUGGCUUUGCCUUGGGCAACAACAAUUAUUUGCCGGUCCAAGAGCAUGUGGCUUUCCUUUUUGACCUCAUGGAGCUGGCCUUGAAUAUCUAUAGUCUCCUGGAGCUGUGCGAUAGUCUGCUGAAGGAGCUACCUGAGGUGGAGCAUCAGUUGCAGUCGAAGAAAUCGAAUCUUGUGAGGAGCUACACCACCUCGCUGGCUCUUUACAUUGUGAGCAUCCUAAGGCGCUAUCACAGCUGCCUUUUGCUCUCGCCGGAGCAGACUCUAUCUGUGUUUGAGGGCGUCUGCCGCACUAUCCGGCAUGUGACCAAUCCCAGUGAAUGCUCCUCUGCAGAGCGCUGCAUCAUUGCCUACCUAAGCGACCUGCAUGAGUCCUGCAUCUUGCUGCAGGGCAAGGAGCAGUCCACGGAGUACUACCAGCAGCUGCAGUGCAUCAAGCGCUUCAAGGACAUCUUCAACACGCCCGAGCAAUUAAGCCUCCCCCCGCAAGGCUAUAAUCCCCAAUUGCUCCAAGAACUGUUCAUGGCCCCUCGACGCGGCGGCAAGCUAGAUCCCCACUGGCUGGGCACCUUGCAUGAGUCCCCGGCCAACAUCUACAGCUUUGUGUCCAAUGCCUUAAUCGCCGUCUGCCGGGAGACGGACAACGAGCGUCUUAACGAUGUGGCUCUGGCCUGUGCCGAGCUCACGGCCAGCUGCAAUGUCCUUUCCGAGGAGUGGAUUGCAGCCUUGCAGAGCCUGUGCAGCGGCAGCAAGAGUCCCAGAUAUCCACACCUAGGAGGCCAGGUGGACAUUGGCCAAGGCAAGACACACAACGCUUUGGCUGUCUUCGUGUGCAUUCUGGUGGCCAGACACUGCUUCUCCCUGGCGGAUUUUGUGAGCAAGUUUGCUCUCCCAACUUUGGCGAGGUCGGUGAGUGCUGGCGGAGCAGAACUAAGCGUGGAUGCAGAGGCGGGUGCCAGACUCACCUGCCACUUGGUUUUGAAGCUGUUCAAGACCCUGGAGAUUCCCCAACCUGGUAUGUAUUCGGUGAGCACCUCACCCAAUCCCCUCCACGCCGUCGGCAACAAUGACUUUAGCAUACGUCUAAGCUGCGAUCGCCACCUGCUGGUGGGGGCACACAAGACCAUACCCAUAGCCGCCGUUCUGGCCGUGCUCAAGGCCAUACUCAUUGUGGUGGACAAUGCGGCGCUUAAGACUCCUUUGGCUGGCGGGAGUGGUUCCUCCUCCUCCUCCACCUUUGGCAGUGGCAAGCGAAGUGGUGGCUUCAACACGCCCGUUCAUCCUGGCAGCACGCCCAAGAGCAACGAGCAGCGACCGGCUGAUCUCAGCCAGAUCCUGGGUACCAGCGAUCUCCAGCUGGGCAGUAGUCUCACCAGCGAGCCGGAAUCCUUGCAACCACAACCAUCCAGUGGGGGUUUGGAGCAAAUAUCCCUGCUGGAAUUUGCCCAGGCCGUGCUCAAGCAGAUCUGUGCCCAGGAGCAUGUCCUGGAGCGGUGUCUCAAGAAUGCCGAGCAGCUGUGCGACAUGAUCAUCGAUGAAAUGCUAACAGCCAAGCAGGCACAGCGAGUGCUGCACAUGAUUUGCUACCCGGAGGCGGAGUUCAACAUCAUCUCCGAGCUGGAUCAGCGUUCUAUGAUUGUCCGGAUUCUGGAGAACCUAGGACAGUGGACGCUGCGGAUCUCCUGGCUAGACCUGCAGCUCAUGUACCGCCAGUCGUUGAGCAACAAUGCAGAGCUGAACGUUUGGCUGGACACUGUGGCCCGGGCGGCCAUUGAUGUGUUCCACAUGGAGGAGGUGGUCCUACCAGGUGCCUUAAAGGCCACGCAUAAGCCCAAACCUUCCACCUGGCUGGUGGCCCCACUGAUAGCCAAACUAACGCCGGCGGUUCAGGGCAGAAUACUGAGAGUAGCUGGCCAGGUGCUGGAGAGCAUGAAUUACUUCUCCAAGGUGUCCAAAUCCGAUUGCAAUAGCUCGGGCAGCGGCGACGAGCGGGAGAAGAGCAACAGCUGUCACAGCAGCAAUAGCUAUGGCCUGGGUGGCGUUGCCACGCGUAACAAGAAGAUGCCUCUAAACUACCAGCCCUUUUUGGGGCUUAUCCUGACCUGCCUGAAAGGACAGGACGAGUACAAGGAGAACUUAUUGGUUUCCCUCUACGCACAGCUUUCUCAGUGCCUGCAGUCCUUCGCCGAGCUGGACACAAUUGGAGGCAUAGACGAGCCCCAGGCCCGCGAGGAAAUCCUUGAUGCUUUGCAGCUGCGCUUCUCUCUAGUGGGCGGCAUGUUCGAGGCCAUUCAAAAGAACAGCACCCCGACCACCGACUGGGCCAUUCUACUGGCGCAACUGGUGUGCCAGGGUGUGGUGGAUCUCAGCUGCAACCGAGAGCUCUUCACCACCGUGGUGGACAUGCUGGCCACCUUGGUGCACUCAACGCUGGUCUCCGACGACGAGCGGCACUACAUGAACCUGAUGAAGAAGCUGAAGAAGGAGAUUGGUGAGAAGAACAAUGCCUCCAUCAGGGUCAUACGACAGCUGCUGCCGCUGUACAAGCAACCCACCGAGGUGAUUGCCUGCGAGCAUGCCGGCAUGGACACCAAGGGCAACAAGAUCUGCGACAUGGACAAGAAGCAGCUGCGCAUUUCGGAUAAGCAGCGCAUAAGCGUAUGGGAUAUUCUCGAGGGUCACAAGAAUCCGGCUCCCUUGUCGUGGGUUUGGUUUGGAGCUGUGAAGCUGGAGAGGAAGCCUUUAACCUACGAGGAGGCUCAUCGCAAUCUUAAGUACCAUACACACAGCCUGGUCAAGCCCAGCAGCUACUACUACGAGCCUUUGCCGCUGCCGCCGGAAGAUAUAGAGCCUGUCCCCGAGAAGAUAUGCAUAAAGGACGAAAUGAAGGCCGACACGCCCUCGUCGGUGGAUCAGUCACCCAGCGCCGUGGUGGGCGGCACGGGACGGGGUCGUGGCAAGGGAACAGGCACAAGGAAACGAAAGCCCAAGAAUGCCAAGACUCCGCCUGUGCAGCAGCAACAGCAGCAGCCACAACUGGCUCCACAGCCCCAGCAGCCAACGAAUGUGCAGCAACAGCAAAUGCAGCAACAGCAGCAGCAGCAACAACAACAGCAGCAACAUGUGCAACAGCAACAGCAGAUGCAAAACAAUCCAAUGGGCCAGAUGUCUAUGAAUAUGCCGAUGAACAUGCAGCAAUUUGCACCCAAUCCCAACAUGAUGCAGCAGCAGAAUGCCAUGAUGCAGCAGCAGCAGCAGAUGCAACAGAUGGGCGGCAACCAGCAACUGCAGCAGCAGCUAAACGUGGGCGGUGGCAAUGGACAGCAAAAUCCGCAAAUGAACUUUAUGCAGCAGGGACCAGGCGGUGGUGGACCCCAAGGAGGAAUGCCUGGACAGCAGCAGCAAUGGCAUAAUGCUCCGCCGCAGCAGCAGCAGCAGCCCCAAACGUACAUCAAUCAAUAUGCCCCACAUCAACAGGGUAUGCAAGCUAAUCGCAUCGAGAGGCCGCCCUUGAAUGCCAACUCCAAGCAGGCUCUGUCCCAGAUGCUGCGGCAGCGUCAGCCCUUCCAGCAGCAACAGCAGCAGCAGCAACAAGGACCCGGUGGCGGCGUUGGCGUCUUCAAUCCCAUGCAGCAGCAACCUCAGCCCUCGCAGCAGCAGCAGCAACAGGUGCCGGGACCACAGCAGCAAAUGAAUCCCAACCAGAUGAGGCAACAGCAGCAGAUGAAUCCCCAACAGAAUCCGCAGGCAGUGGCCGCCUUCAAUGCCAUGCAGCAGCAGCAGAAUGCCCAGCAGCAGCAACAAAUGAAUCCCAACCAGCAGCAGCAACAGCAGCAGUUCCUGCGCGCGGGCAACAUGCGACCCGGCAUGGCGCCCAACCAAAUGAAUCAAAUGAAUAUGGGCGGCCAGGGCAUGCCGCAGAACCCCAUGAUGCAGCAACAGAUGUCGCAGGUGGGCAUGGUGGGCAUGGUCAAUCCGAAUGGCAACCAAAUGAUGCAGGCUGGCGGCGGUGGCCAAGGCGGCAAUGGAGUGGGAGUUGGUGUGGGCGUGGUGGGAGCUGCUGUGGGCAACAAUCCCAACAUGGGUAUGGGCGGAAUGCCGCAACAGGGAAUGAUGCAGCAGCAGCAGCAGCCCCAACAGCAGCCACAGCAGCAAGUACAGUUCCAGAACUUCCAGAAUCAAUUCCAGCAACAGCAGCAGCAACAGGGCAUGCAGCAGCAAGGCAACGGAGGAGGCGUCGGCGUGGGAGUGGGCAUGACGCCCAACCAGCAGCAGCAGCAACAGGCCAACAUGAUGGGCAACUUCAAUCCGCAGCAGAUGCAGCAGGCGAAUCGCAACAAUCCCGACUUUAUGGCCGUGGCAGCGGCUGCCCAACAGCAGCAGCGCGGUGUCCCAGGCGGCAUGAUGGCCGGCAACAGGGGCCAGUACAUGAACCAGGCGCCCAAUGUAACAAUGUCCAAUAUGAUGGGUCCGGGACCAGGUGGCCAAGUGGUUGGCGGUCAGGUGCCUCCCUACGCCAGGCAGCAGCCAGCGGGCGGCGGCAAGCCGGGCGUCUUAAACACACAGCAACAGUUCCAGCAGCAGCAGCAACAGCAGCAACUUAGGCACCAGCAAAUGAUGCAGAUGCAGGGCAUGGGCUCUGGGCCGCAGCAGGCCGGCGUUGGGGCUGGUGGUGGCGUAGGCGUGGGGGUAGGCGGCGGGGGAGGGAUGGUGCCGCAGCAGCAGAGCAUGAACCAGCAGCAGACCCCGAACCUGGUGGCCCAGCUGCAAAGGCAGAAUAUGAUGGGCCAGCAGCAGCAGUAUCAGCCGCCGCCCUAUUAGAAAGUAGGACACACUCCUUAAUUGUAAGCUUACGUACGUAGUUUUAAUCAUUUAUUUAUCUCAGAUGUAUUUGCAAUAAACGUUCAAAUAUG